AUGGAAUAGUGGGAUACAGAGGAAAACUCGAUAAGACCUAUUCAAACUAUAAACAAGGCUGAAAAUUUCUUAAAUUAUAAAAAAACUAAUAAUAAUGAAAGGCCAUAAAAUUAUCAUUCAGAUAUUCAGGUUACUUAAAAUAGCGCUGGUAAAUUCAAGAAUUAUCUCAGCAAUAAUGUAAACAACUUUCCACCUAAAAGUGUAAACAUUGAUGUUACUAAUUUGCAGAAUUUUAAAGCCAAUCAGCAUUUUGGAGAUGAUGAUAUGCAAAAGGUUUAAUUGAGACCUAUGUAAAAAAUUAAUUAAAAUAACGAAAAUUUGCAGCCCUCUUCGGUAAAUUUCUAAUAACAGCCAAAAUAAAACACUCAAAUUGCAACUUUUUAGUCAAGAGCAUUUUAGCGAUGCAUGAAUACAAGUUAAUCUAAAAUAACAAAUACCUCUCCUCGAUAAGAAGAUGAGCAAAUAGAUCCUGUUUACAAAAAAAUGUUCAAGAAUCUCGUAAAAGCAAGGGACAGAAGCCCUUAAAUCUGUGUGUAAACUGAAUAAUUAAUGAAAAAGUAUCCGAAUAACCCUGAUUAAUUAAAAACCUAUUUUUCAACUAAAAAUGAUGACUAAAAUCAAUAAAUUAGGGAGAUUAACAAGUCUUGUAGCUAAAGACUAUUAGAAAAGGGAUAAACAUAUCAAUUAAAGAGAGAAAUUCUUAAGAAAUAUGAAGAAGUUUCCUAAAUGAAAGAUUGUCUCUUCAGGCCCUAAACUAAUAGAUCAACUUCACCAAAGAGAAACUUUUAAGAUUAUAUCAGGGACUAAUAAUAAUUUUAGCUUUCAAAGCAAAGAAAGAUUUAAGAGAAAAUCAUUUAAAUUGAGUAAGAUGAGCAGGAGAAAAAUAAUGCGACCCUUAUCUGCAAAGGAUCUUAAAAAUUACUUCAAAAUAAUGAAAGAUAUAAAAAUAUCUAAAGCCCAUCAGAUGUUUCUAGCAAUCUUUACGAAUAAGGGAAAAAUAAAUUAAUACAAAGAUAGAAUUCUUAUAAUUUAUUGAGCUCGACUCAAUCAACUAAACAUGCUAGAGAUAACUCCUAAAGUAGCAUUUAAGGUAGUAUCAAUCAGCAAGAGUUAUUCCAUCCAUAAAUUAAUAAGAAAUCUUAGUAAUUGUAAAGAAAUGAAAGUGUCGAAAAUAUACUUUACAAAGAUGCUCUAGAUAGAAGAAGAAAUAGCUAAAUUAAGCAAUCAUAAUCAAGAAACAGAGAAGGCAUAAAAAGGGAGAGCUAAAUGAAGUCUGAAAGAUAUCUCAUGCAAUCAUUCAAAGCUGAGUUUGAUAGCGCUGUUCAGAGGUUGCAGAUCGAAUUUAAUAGUUAGAAUGAAUAUGUAGAUUUAUUUAGGGAACUUGGAUUCAUAAAUGAACUAAAUGAGAAAGUUAUUCAGGAACAGAUAAGUAUAAUAGAGGAUUCAUGCAUAAGCACAUUGUUCAAAUUUUCUUAGGAAAAAUAGUUAAAUGUAUAUUAUCUCAUGCUUGCUAUAAUGAAUAUAAAUCCAAACAAGAAAAAGGGUGAACAAGAUCAUUCAGUUAAUGAUUUUUCAUCUUUUGAAGUUUAAUCCCAAUCUAAAGAACAAGUCAAACAAGUUGGAAAUAAUACCAUCUAUGAAAAUGAAGAAUAUAUGUAUGGUGCUUCUAAUUACAGUCCUCCAUACAGAAAAAAUAAAAAGGAUAUAUCAGGAGUUUUAAACUCAAAUAUUAUUGAUGCAAACAAUGGCUUGCUUAUUUUAAAUGAUGAGCAAGUAAAGAUUGUACAUAGGUACUUCUUGCCACUUUAUUAUCAAAGAAAAGAACACCUCAAGCAUAGAAGAAAAUAGUCAAGUUCACCAUAGAGAGUUGAACCCUCAUUUAAACCAGCUCUUACAUCAAAGACAGUGUAACUCGCCGACAAAGUUUUGAAAAAGCUAAAAAACAAUAUGAACCAAAAUAACUCAAAACAUUUCGAUAUGCUAUUGUAACGAGGAGAAGAAAUAAAGCAAAAAAAAUUGGCGAAAUUGUAGGAAAAAAUUGAAACAUAAGUAGACUCUUGCACUUUUAAGCCUUAAAUUUCAUUAACCAGUAGAAAAUUAGCCUAAUCCCAAUCAUCCUAAAAUUUGAGUACAAAUUCUCAAGUCACUCAAAAUAACAGCACCAGAUAUUUAGAGCUACAUAAUGAGCAUAAAAAUAAAAAGAGAUACAGACAAGAUAAAACCAGCGAGUAAAUUGAAUAUGAAAAGGCGAUAGAUGAAUGUACUUUUCGUCCUAAUUAAAGAAAAACCUCAAAUGACAAGACUCCUAUUAUCAAAGGAAAUCUCAGCUCAAAUGGAAAUUCAAACUCUCAUAUUGAGUAGGAUACUAGUAGAAAUAUUGCUAAUGAUACAUAAUCAACAAAUAAUGGGAAAUCUCCUAAAAACAAAUAUCAUCGUGAGUAUAAGCCAAAGCAUGACUUAAUUGAUUAAAAUAUCAGUAUGGAUCAGGAUCUAAUCACCCCAGAGCCACAUAGAGACCCUAUAUAUGUAAUAGCAGUUGAAAUUGAAGGAGCUAAGUAUUAGAUCAAGAUAUUUUAACAUGAUAAGCCAGAAGAAACAGUAAAGAACUUCCUAAAGAAUAAAAGUAAUUUCGAUAUUAACUUAUUUACAUAGAUUUGA